AUGAUGGGCUAUCGGGUAAAUCUGCAGAUUUGUGUGUGUCUCCUUGUGAUACACGUUUUCGGGAGUACAGCACGCGGCUCCGAAGACGCAAGGGACAAUAAAGUGCUUACAGCUGACAGAGUUAGUGAACAAAGUAUGGAAAAACCUGUUGACGACUUCACUGACAUCCGGCGUCUCCGCUCUGUGGCCCAUCUGGGGGCCAGCACCAACGGUACAUCCGCAUCCUUAUUUGAAACAGCCCAGAUGGAGACUGAAAGUCUCAUUGACUAG